AUGCCUACCCCGCCCUUGCUCCUUGACAAGGUCGCGCGCAACCUUCCCCUGGAUCCUUCGUCGAGAGGGCCAGUUCCCGCUGCGAGCCCGCAUCCAACGGCAAUCCUGGAAACUGACAAAGCUCACGCCGGGCCCUCGCUGAUUGCGCCAUCGGGCAUGCCAUCGGACAUGCCAUCGGCCUCGCCCGCGCCGAGAAGGACCCCAACGGGUCGUCCCCGUGGCCGGCCCCCGGGAUCGACCAACGCAGCGCGUGCGGCCAGACAAGCCCUGGCUGCCGCCGCGACAUCAGAACCACCGCCGCCGCCCAGCGCAGCGCGCGCGGCCAGACAAGCCGUGGCUGCUGCCGCAGCGAUACCCGAACCGCCGCCAAAGAUGGCGGAACCGCCGCCCAAGAGGCGUCGAUGUGCUCCGGGGGGGCUCGGCGGCGGCGGCGGUGGCGGCGGCAGAUUCGUCGACGCGGACGAGGCGCGUGCUCGUGCGGCAGCAUCUGCGUCCAGGCCCAGAUCCACGCCGCGCCCGCGACCGCGGCUGGGCACCGUUCCAAGCAACAUCGUCGGCGCAACCUCCUCCGCCAUGCCUCGACGCGAGAGAAGCACUCGAUCUCGCGUCUCUGCCAGCGAGGAGCUGGAAGAGAUGAGAUGGGGCUCUGCUGCUGCAGUAGCCGCGUCCGUCAAGCAGGCAGAGGACUACAAGCCGCGCGAGGAGCGAAGCUGGGAAGAGUUUCACCCGAGCCUCGAUAUCGAGAGGACCUUUGUAGUUUUCCCGGCCGACGAAGUUGACGGCAUCUCCAAAGAGUCCCCGAUCACUCCUGCCGCGCAACAACAGAGGACCGGCACGCCUCUGGCCAGUGGUUCCAUGACUCCUUCCAGACAGGUCAACCCUGCGUCCACGGGCACAACUCCUAACCCCCAAUGCAGGACGGAGACUAAUCCGUCUGACUCGCGAAACGGAACUCCAUCGAGGCGGUCCCGCCGACCUACGCGGGACGUGGUUCGGUUUUACACGUCCCGCCCGACUGACGCGGGACCCACGCCCCGAACACCCAAGGUGCUGCCCAUCUCGAACCAAACACCCAAAGAGAAGCUGGACCUGAAGCUGCCUUCCUACCGCAAGACCAAUCGCGUCGACCUGUUUGAGAGCAAGACCUUUGGCCAGGCACGAUAUGUGGACAAGGCGAUGAGCAAUGUCGGUUACCAAGAAAGCGACGUAUUCUGCCGACCCGACGUGGCGUUGAUCAAGGCCAUUGACACCAACGCAGAGGAGGAUCCUGACCUGACGUCCCUAAUUGCCACCGAGGAUCAUCUCCCCCAGUCCAGGCUGGGUCGCGUUGAAUACGACAUGGACGAGCAAGACGACAUGUGGUUGGAGCAGCUCAACGCCUCGAGGAAGCAGAACGAUUUGGAAGCGAUUACGAGAGAAGUCUUUGAAAUCACCAUGACGAGUAUUGAGAAGGAGUGGCACACGUUGGAGAAGCGGAUUCCGAAACCAAACCCCAAACCCCCGCAAACGCACCGGCCUAGGUCCAGCUCGGCCGCGGCGGUGAAUGGCGAAACGCAGUCCGGAGAAGAGCCGGACAGCAAGUGCGCCAUCUGUGAUGAUGGCGACUGCGAGAACACGAAUGCAAUCGUCUUUUGCGACGGAUGCAACCUGGCUGUGCAUCAGGAAUGCUACGGUGUACCGUUUAUUCCCGAAGGUCAAUGGCUCUGCCGCAGGUGCCAGCUCUGCGGUCGAGGGAUCCCUACGUGCAUCUUCUGUCCCAACACAGAUGGUGCUUUCAAGCAAACCAACUCCUCCAAAUGGGCACACUUGCUCUGCGCAAUGUGGAUUCCAGAGGUGACAUUGGGGAACCACACCUUUAUGGAGCCGGUGAUGGACGUGGAGAAAGUGCCCAAGACCAGAUGGAGAUUAUCGUGCUACAUUUGCCGCCAGCGGAUGGGAGCGUGUAUUCAGUGCUCCAACAAGAACUGCUACCAGGCCUUCCACGUUACCUGCGCGAGACGAGCCAGGCUCUAUCUCAAGAUGAAGACGAGCCAAGGCGCGUUGGCAGUCCUGGACGGAGGCAUGGUUCUGAAAGCUUUCUGCGACAAGCACUGUCCCUUGGACUACAGCAAAGAAAACAACGUGCACCAAGCCACCCGCUCAGCCAAGAAAUUCUACAAACGAAACAUGAAAGGUCGGCUCUGGGCAGACAACCUGGCAAUCGCAAACGUCAUUGCCGCCCAGCAGCGCAGCAUGUUGACGUCGGCCGAGGCGCCUGCCAACACGAAAAGGGACGGCGCAGCGAAUCCUGCAUUGGGGACGGACAAGAAAAAGAGCGAGCAGCAACCGCCCAAGAACAUGUGGAAGUUGCCGUCGGGCGCGCCCAUCAUCCCGCAGGUCGUGUUUGACACGGUCGAGACCUCGAUCCAGCGAUUUCCCGUUCUUAAGCGCAAGGAUUAUCUCAGCGAGGUUUGUCGCUAUUGGACGCUGAAGCGCGAAGCCCGCCGGGGUGCUGGCUUGCUCAAGCGGCUUCAGCUCCAGAUGGAGACCUUUUCGUCAAUGGAGCUCACUAGGCGGGACUUUUCGACGAUGGGGCCCAACGGAAAGGCUCGCCUCGCGCGGCGCAUCGACUUUGCAGAGAGCAUAGUAAAGGACCUCGAGCAGCUAAAGGAUCUGUCGGAAAAAGUGGUGCAGCGCGAGCAAAUCAAGUUUGACGCGGCCGAACUGGAGGGGGAGUUUGUUGACGAGUGCUAUUUCCCCGUGGCUAGGCUCCUUCCCGCAGCGGUUGAGCGGGCCAUAUCCCUGGACAAGGACCUGUUUGCCGACGGCCUGGCGAAGCUGCAGGCCCGCGUGGAAGAACGUUACUUUGCCACUACGCUUGCGUUUGCACAUGAGCUUGCAGACGUCAUCGGCAGCGGCAUCGCGAAGGCUCCGUCUCCGGCAACCAGCGGGAACGCGGCACGCUCCGUAUCCACGGAGAAUUCCCCAGCAAAGACGACCUUCUCCGAGGUCCGAGAACGCCGGAAGCGCGGCAAGCGCAUCCUCAAGGCCGUGCAACCUUAUCUGGAAAGCGCGCUGCGCGUCGAGUCGGAAAUCUCCAACAAGCCGUACGAUUCGCUGCAAAAGGAGUUGGAGCAGCUGAUUGAUGCGGCAAGCAUGGAUACGCCGCCAAAGACGGCCGCCGUCGCCGUCGCCGUCUCCGCCGCCGCCGCCGCCGCCUCCUCAACCCUGCCGAAGCAAGAAGACGGGGAAGACACAAUCAUGGUGGACGCCCCAGACUCAUCCGAAAUCACGGUCAAAAGCGGUCUCGAGGAUGCCAGUGCCGCGGCGGAAGCAGACGCAGACGCAGACGCAGACGCAGACGCAGACGCAGAGGGCGAAACCGACCCCCUAGACAUGGCGGAAGACGAGGCCGAAGCGGACGGCGGCAACAUCCAAGUCAACACGUCUGGCCUGAGCAUCGUCGUCGACAAGUGCGAAGAAGCCGCUGCCGCUUCUCCGCGAAGGAGCAAGCGCGGCAAGAGCGACGGCCUUGCGUCGUCGUCAUCCGAGACGCCUCCCGGGGACGAGGUGUUUGUGAACCUGCCACCCGCGACGCACACGGGUCCUCCAACACCGCCCCAAUCCAACGGGAGCUUUGGCAAGGACCCGUUCGACCCCCUCUCGGAGGGGGGUAUCGUCUGGUACCUCAAGUCGAUGCAACCGCGGGGAACCUCCAUCCUCGGCGAGCACUGGGCCGCGGGCCGCGACGCGGUCCGCAUGCUCAGCGAGGAGCUGACUGAUCUGGACGACGAGGAGCUCAAGGGGCUUCGAGCCGAGGUCGAUGAGUCGGUCAAGGCUGCUGAGCUGGAGCUGGGGAGCUUGUCCGACGGCGGUGCCGCCAAGCCCAAGACGGCAGCCAAGGGCAGAAAGCGAAGAGGCUCCGGCAGACGAAGAUGA